GUUCUGUUAAUACUUAUAACUAAAAGACGAUUGUCAAUUAGUCACACAGUCUCUGUUUCUCUAUCAACUUUCUCCAUUCCGUUUAAAGCGUUUCAUAGAAAAGAAAGAGAGAGAAACCCGAAGACAUGUCCUUCACCGUCGACGACCACCACUUCGCUGCCGGCGACGACACCUUUUCCGGAUACGGCGGAUACUCCAGCUUCUCCGGCGAAGAUAUCCCCGUAGAUCACUCAACAGCAGCAGUGGAGUCGCCGGAAAUAUUUGGCUUCAGCGAUCAGGAUCCGAGUUACGCUCAGUCUCCCUUCGAACCGGUGCACGUAAUGGAGAACGGUAACGGAUACGGCGACGACGGAAUUUUUGUCUCCGACGGACCGGUGCUUCCACCGCCCGGGGAGAUGGAGCCAGAGGAAGGUAACGUCCUUCGGGAAUGGCGCCGUCAAAAUGCCAUUGAGCUAGACGAGAAGGAGAAAAGGGAAAAAGAAAUGAGACUGAAGAUUAUUGAGGAAGCUGAGGAGUAUAAAGUGGGUUUCUAUGAGAAAAGGAAGCUCAAUGUUGAAACUAACAAGGUUCAAAACAGAGAAAGGGAGAAGUUGUACUUGGCUAAUCAAGAAAAUUUCCACAAAGAGGCUGACAAAAAUUACUGGAAAGCAAUUGGGGAGAUAAUUCCUCGAGAGGUUGCCAACAUUGAGAAGAAAAGAGGCAAAAAGGAUCAGGAUAAGAACCCAUCAAUCACUGUUCUCCAAGGCCCUAAGCCAGGCAAACCCACUGAUCUUUCUAGGAUGCGGCAAAUAUUGUUAAAGUUGAAACAUACACCACCAACUCACAUGAUUCCUCCUCCACCUGCACCUGUUAAAGACUCCAAAGAUGGGAAGGAUGGAAAAGAAGCAGCAACUAAACCAAAUGGAUCAGCACCAGAAAGUGCACCUGGAUCACAAGAUUCACUACCAACUGAUGCUGCCAAUAAUGGUACUGUAGAUUUACCCCAGAAAGAAGCUCCUGCCACAGAGGAGCAGUCUGCUACAUAAUUUUGUGUAUCGUACUUGAGCUCUCGCAAUCUUUCUUCUGUUCAUUUUUUCCCCUGCAUUCUUAACUUUUUUUUUGUGUUCGUUUUUUGUGCAUGUUUCUAGUUUGUAUGGCCCUUGUUUCUGCAUUUUAUUUCCAACAUUAAGAUUUUUCAUCAAUUAAAUCCAUUGUUGUCUAUUAUGACCUUGGUCAUUCAAAUGUUAUAUGGGUUUUACUUUUAAUACAUUCUUUAUAAAUAAUGAAGGGUGUGUUUUUGACUUGUA